CAAGGAGAAUACCAGAACCUGAACACCACCGUGGGACAAGACUGGUGUCUGGCUCUCCAGAGACUCAUCCGCAUCAAGGAGGAACAGAUCCAGUGUGCCAACAAAUGCCGCCUGCGACUGAUGGUGCCAGGCAAACCAGACAAGUCUGGGCGUCCAGUCAGUUUCAUGGUGGUGUUCAACACUCCAAAUUCACUCAGCAAAAUCUCUUGGGUCAACCGCCUGCACCUGGCCAAGAUUGCACAAAGAGAGGAGAACAUGCCCGGGUGGGUGUUUGCAGAUGACGAUAAUAAAACCAAACCUCCGUUCUGGUGCCCGCUGCUCGCCUGUCGAAUGCCAGCAUUCACCAUAAAGUCUAAAGACUUGAAGCUGGAGACCGCUCUUCACAACCCAGUCCAGUGUGCUCUGCUUGGCUUCUCAGCCGCCAGUACCUCCCUGCCUCAGGGCUACCUGUGGGUGGGCAGCAGGGAGGCCGACUCCCGCGGGCAGGUGGAUAUCUUCUCCCUGAACCGAGCCACGCCGCGCUUGGUCAAGUCCUUCCCAGUGGGAGCGCCGGCGCUGUGCCUGGAGUACGUGACCAGGCCGGAGCGCGGAGACUCCGAGGAGGACGGAGGGGACGCGGAGGGCCUGGCUAAAAUAGGCAACACCAUCUGUGUAGGGUUAAGCGAUGGGAGCAUUCUAGUUUAUGGUAGUGUGGACACUGCCACCCAGUGCCUGCAGACCUUCCAGAACCCUGAAGGUAUUCCAGUUCUGUGCCUGCAACAUUCUGCCAACUUCCUGUUUGCUGGGCUGACGAAUGGCGAUGUGAUGGUGUAUAACCGGAGGGGUGAAGAUGGCCUUUGGGACCCGACCUCCAGCCGGCAGGUGACAGUUGGCCCGGCUGCCGUGAAGACCCUGCUGGGAGUGGAGGCCUCCGUCUGGGCCUGCUGUGCCAACCAAAUCACGGUGAUCGAGGGCUCCACCCUUCACACGCAAAGUGUUGAAGCUCACCCGGACCCUGCGGUGAGCGUGACACACAUGGUACGUGCUGGAGGCGGAGUGUGGAUGGCCUUCUCCGAGGGCUCAUCUCUGCGCCUGUUCCACACAGAGACGCUGGAGCACCUCCAGGAAAUCAACGUGUCAACGCGGCCAGCCUACCUGGAUCCAGGUCAGAAGGCGAUCUGUGUCACCAGCUUACUCAUCUGUCAGGGGUUGCUGUGGGUCGGAACUGCCCAGGGCAUCAUCGUCACGUUCCCAGUUCCAAAAUUGGAGGGCAUUCCCAAAAUAACUGGUAAGGCCAUGACCUCUCUGAAUGCUCACAGUGGUCCUGUGGACUUCCUGGUGGCCACUUCAAGCAUGUUAUCCCCGGACUUGCUGAAACGGGACUCUGUUAGCGACAGGCUGGACUCAGCCAGUGACCCAUCGGCAGCAGCAAGGGAGGAGAAGAAGAGGAGCACCUCACCAGAGUCCCUCCAGCAGGCCAGUGGCUCCCCUCAGCCUGAGAGGAGGCCCAAGGGGGUGCUGCUUCAGUACCGCCUGCGCUCCACCUCCCAGCUCCCGGGCAAGCUACUGUCGGCCGAGCCCGGGGGCCCCACCGCCUCCCCCGCCCCCUUCCUCCAGGAUUGGUCUGAGCAUGGCCCCGAGGACGGCUCCAUCUACGAGCUGAGCGACGACCCGGAGAUCUGGGUGCGCGGACGCACCGUGCUGAGAGAGGGCUUUCAGAAGGAGCGGGUCGCCUCAGCUGCAGUGGUCUCCGGGGGCAGGGGCUUCCGUCGGCUCAACGGGGCCGGCUUGGCAGACUGUGGCUCCUCGGGGGCAUCUCCACACGAGAGCACACUCAUGGUCUGGCAGCUCCCGCUCACUGUCUGAGCCUCUGACUCUUCCACUGAACAUCUGGCUGACAGGAGAGUUUCGCCUGGAGCUAAGUGUAGGCAUAUCCUGUCCAUGAUAUGUCAGGAGAAUGUAACCGCCUUGUCAAGGCUGUACUGAUUGUGUCUGAGGAAUUAUUAUGUGUUUAAUAUCCAAACCUCCUUCCUCAGGUUCAGUGAGUUUACAUGUGGAGGAUCUGUGGUAGAGAUGUGUCAUAACAUAAGGCUAAAGGGAUCAUGAGGUGCAAUUUGAAUGUAGCAUGGAUGAUAUUCAUUUUGUCUUGGUGUAGUGUUUAAUAUUCCUACCGGGUUGAAGAGAGGUCUGUUCAUCAUUUCAUGGUGAAGUCUUAGAGUACGGAAGGUACUUCAGUGUGAAGGUGGGUGCUUCAGUGCUAACGCUACUCUGUCAGACCGUGUGUCCCACCGCUUGGGCAGUUCCUGUGUCACAGUUUGCAGGAAACACUGCGAUGCUGGCCAGGUGAUCAGCCAUUAUCCUUCGGUAAGCUGAGGUGGGAAUGGUUCAACAGUAUGAAGUAGUCUGCAAAAGACAGAGAACUCCUCCAAAUAUGCCAUACUCUCUUAUACUCCACUCUUCCAUGCUCCGAAGAUUUUGAGAAACAAAAUGUUUCCUGAGCUAUUUGGCAUGGGAAAAACAAGUUUCCAACACAAGUUUCAAACACAUUAGUGUGUUGCUUUCCCACCCAACAGUGAAAACCAUGUAAUCGGUGUAAUGACUAAUCGAUGACUUGUCCAAGCAGCUGAGAGUCAAUUGGUUGAUCUGUCUGAGCCUCUGUGGUUCCAUUUCUUGUGAAGUCCCUGUUCUACUUUGAAGAGUGCUGUGAUAAAUGCCUUGUUUAUUAGCCAGCUGAUUGCAACAAAAUACAUUGUUUUGUUCCAAGUGAAGCUUUGUCCUAAUUUCAUCCCUGGAAUAUGCACUGAAUAAGUAAGGCUUACUUUCUACUUUCUAUGUUCUGUUUCCUUUAUUUUUGCAAUUUUGCUUCCACUCACUUUAUUAUAAAUGUUAUAAAUUAUAAAAUGGUGGUUUUGUUUUGUAGCUUGACCAAUCUGAAGUGAUCUGUCAGUGAGAACUUAUACACUCCAGUUUAGACACACUAUAAUGCAUACUAGAGUGAGAACUAAAACAAAUCGACCCUGUUUCUUGCAAUAAAAAGUUCCUGAAAAUCUGUACAAAGUUUCUAGAAAGGACCUUCGACGUAUAAAUUGAAGGUGUCCCAAUGGGGUUGUCUUUGGAGACUAAGGCACCUGAAGCAGAAAUUGGCUGCUCUUAAUUGAAAGACAAUGAAUGGAGAAUAUAUGAAAAAGGGAUGUUUAAGAAAAAUCUUAUAUUUAUCUUAUCUUGUUAUUCCUCUUAACAUUGUCGGGCUAUACGUGUCCAGUUGCAAGGGUCUCAUUACCCAGUCUAUAAUGUGAAAGAAAGGAAUGUUAAAGAGGGAAAUGCUUAGGUACUUAUUUGUUUGGGUACUUAUUUUACACUUUGUCACUUUCCAUAAAAAUAAAGCAAUUUCAUCAGAA